CUCAGAGUCGCCGCUUCUGCCUGUCUCUAGCUCCGCCUUUUGUUCUCCGUGAGCGGUGGAGACCGGAGGCGGGCAGGAGGCAGUGGUGUUGUCCUUGCAGUGUGUGUCAGUUCGCCAGAGAGAACACCGUACAGCAUAGCUAGUUACAUUUAGCAGAUCCACAGAAUUGAUAUAUGUAGACUGACGCAUAGGCUACGUUGAGCAGGCACCGGUUCCUUCCUGAAUCAGACAACGGGGACCAACCAUGGACCUAUUCGAGUUUGACUUCUUUAGGGACUGGGAACUGGAGCAACAGUGUCAUUAUGAGCAGGACCGCAAUGCGCUCAAGAAGAGGGAGUGGGAGCGGCGGACUCAGGAGGUGCAGCAGGACGAAGAUCUCUUCUCCUCUGGGUUUAAUCUCUUUGGGGAGCCGUACAAGACAGAAGCGCCCAGUCUAUCCACUUUGGGGGGGACCAACAACCUAAACAAGACAAACAAAGGUGACGCCCUGGCCAACCGGGUGCAGAACACUCUGGGGAACUACGAUGAGAUGAAGGAGCUCCUGACCAGCCACUCCAACCAGAGCCACCUGGUGGGCAUCCCCAAGAACUUUGUUCCCCAGACCCCUGGCCCCAUGGAGAAGCAAGACCAGCCCAGCUUCUUAACCAAGGGAGGCCAGAGAGGGAGCAACAGGGUGGGCACAGGGAACCAUACCACCUCCAUGCCCCCUCCUCCCUCCUCUUCCUCUCUGACCAGCUCCAGCCUGCUGCACGGCCAUCAGAGCUCCAAGAAGUCCUGGUCCUCCGACUGGUCCCGGGGAGCCCACUGCAGCACCCAGGGGGUGGGAGGUCAGGGGGUGGGGGGCCAGGGGGUCCACGGGGUGGGAGGCCUGGGGGUCCAGGGGGUGGGGGGCCCAUCCUGCAGCAGGGGGAAACACUCCUUCACCCAUGAGCAGCAGCAGCAGCCCCAAAGACACGAGGAGCUGCUCAUCUCACAGGGCGAGGUAGUGGACCACAGGGGAGACUCUAGCAGCAGCCCCUCCUCCUCCUCCACCUCCACUCUCUCAAGGAGGCACGGGGGCGGGCAGCAGCAGGCCGCUAAGGCCCCGUCGGCGGCCGAGCAUGGCAGCUACAAGGACAGCAACACUCAUGUUAAGUCUCCCCUGGAGCAGGAGCCGGGCUCCCACGGGGCCAGUUCCCCAGUGGCCUCUACCUCCCUGCUGCCCAGUGGCCUCUCCACGCCCACCUUCCCGCAGGGUCUGCACGUCAAGCCCAGCGCCGUGCAGCAGCAGAAGCCUACAGCCUACGUGCGGCCCAUGGACGGCCAGGACCAGAUGCCCCUGGACUCCCCGGAGCUCAAGCCUCCUCUGGAGGUGGUGGAUGUGGGCUACAGCAACCCAGCUUUUGGCAGCACCAUCACCAGCUCCAAGAGCAAGCUGCCCAAGCUGACCCUGACACAGACUGGGGAGGUCGGCCUGUCCAGUGACUCCAGCUGUGUGGAGGAGAUUCUACGGGAGAUGACCCACUCCUGGCCUCCUCCCCUGACUGCCAUCCACACUCCAGGCAAGGCUGAGCAAACCCGGUUCCCUAUUCCCUCCAAGGAGUCACAACACAUACCCUCAGGAUGCGCUGGACAAAAGCGGUGCAAUGUUCCCGUUAACAAGCCUGCAACCAAGUCUGUGCCACAGAAGUCAAUGCUUGAGGAUGACCUGAAGAUCAGCAGUGACGAGGAAGAUACUGAACAGCAGGGAGCUGAGAAGCCCAAGCCCAGAAGUACACCUCUCAGCAUCCCUGUGGCCACGUCUCGGACCAGUGACCCAGGCCACUCUAGCGGCGCCUCGGCCAGCUCCAGUGAAUCAGAGAGCAGCUCCGAGUCGGAUUCAGACAGCGAGAGCAGCUCCAGUGACAGCGAGUGUAACAGGGCCUCCCGGACCGCCACCCCAGAGCCUGAACCUCCAUCAACAAACAAAUGGCAGCUGGAUAAGUGGCUAAACAAAGUGACCCCACACAACAAAGCACUUAUCAGUACCCAGCCAGAGAGAGAGAGCCAUGGGCUCUGCAGCUCCCAGCCUGACCACAGCCAGCAGGCCCCUGGGAGCCAGGACCUGGUCCCAGGAAAGAGCAAGCCUGGGCCCACUGUCCUGCUGGCCCAGACCGACGCCAAGGAACGGGCCCUCCUCAGCCCCAUCCGAGAGAAGGCCAAGCCCAAGACUGGACCAAAGGUCUCAGAGGGCAAGAGUUCAAAGUCCCCAGCAGCGGUGGUGGAGCCGGCCCCAGCCAGACGCAGCAUUGGAAAGAAGCAGCCAAAGAAAGUGGAGUGCUCAUCCAGCCUGGAAGAACACAGCUCCUGGUCCAAGCCCAUCAACCCCUCCAUCAGCACUACCCCUAAGGAGAAGGAGCCUCCGCCUCUUCUGGAGCCGCCCAAGUCCAGGACCAAGGGCACCAGUGGGAAAGCUGCCCCUAGGAAGGAACCUCGCACCACCACUAUCACUACUUCUACUCCAGCUCAUCCUCCCCCAGCCCCAGUCCUGGACAAGAAGAAGCACAGGGGGCCCAGCAAGAUCCUCCCCAAGUCCAAGGAGUUCAUCGAGACGGAGUCUUCGUCGUCUGAGUGCCACUCUGAACCAGAGGAUCUGAUCAAGGUCCCUAACCCUCCCUGCCCAGGUCCCAGCAGCCUGCAGACUCUCAAAGCAGCCAAGGACUGCAACAGCAAUAUCCUGAGUGUCAGUAGCCUUACCAGCACCUGCAGCACUUCCAUCUCUAUCCCAGACUCUGGUGUGGUUGGGGGCUUAAUGGAAGACCCCCUCUUGUCCCCUGUCCCCAUCAUCCAGAACGAACUGCUGUCCCCUCUCAGGGACUUUGAGGACAUCAAGUCACUGUGGGUGAAGAUCGAGCUGAGCUUCCUGUCUAGAAUCCCAGGACAGGACCCCCCUGAGCCCCCUCCUGUGAAGGUUGAGCCCCAGGAACACUGGGAACCCAGCACCAAGCACAGACGCCAGUCCCCCGCCAGUCAACAGUCUACCCCUGUUGAGAAACCCCCUAGCAAGGCCAAGAGGAAACACAAGUCGGACCAUUGUAACGCUGUCGGCGGGAGCAAGAAGUUACGGUUGGAGAAAGACUCCAUGCUUCUUCCCCCGUGCAUCUCACCCAUUCACAACCACAAGAACAUUAGCACAAAAGAUUCUCUGAGGAAACAGCCCAGGAAGAGAGAGCUGCUGCCUCCCCUGCUGUCGCCGCUCUCCGACGAGCCCCCCGUCCGCCAGCGCAGGACCAGCGAGUGUUCCUCCUUCAGCCAGGAGGGCAGCGCUAGCGGCGCCUUAUUACUACCCACCCUCAGCUGCUCUCUGCCCCCCUUCUCCUCCUCCUCAUCCUCAUCUUCUUCUCACAAGCACCUCAGCAAAGGAGAGAGCAAAUUCUUCUCACAUUCCAAGACAAGCAGUGAGGAAGAUACCCACAGCAAACCAUCUGGCAGUUUCCAUGGCAACGGUCAGUCUGAUUCCGACCUUUGGUCCAACCCCUCAUCUCUGUCCAUGGACCACAUGGAGCCAAGAAGACCGAAGCUAACGUUCAAUAACAAAGUUCACACUGCAGACUACUACAUGCAGGAAGCCAAGAAACUGAAGCACAAAGCAGAUGCACUGAUGGAGAAGUAUGGCAAAGCUGUUAACUACGCUGAUGGGGCGCUGUCGUUCAUAGAAUGUGGCAACGCCAUGGAACGGGACCCGCUGGAGGCCAAGUCUCCAUACACUAUGUAUUCUGAGACAGUUGAACUCAUCAGAUAUGCCAUGAGGUUAAAGAACUUUACAAGUCACUCAGCAACAGUAGCCGAGAAGAAAUUAGCUGUAUUGUGCAAUCGCUGUUUAUCCCUCCUGUACUUGAGAAUGUUCAAACUAAAGAAGGACCAUGCAGUAAAGUAUUCCCGUUCCCUGAUGGAGUAUUUCAAGAACUCGGCUAAAAGUUCCCAAGUACCUUCGCCAUGGGGAGCCAAUGGAAAGAACACAGGCACCCCGUCGCCCCUGUCUCUGAGUCUCUCCCCAGUCAGUUGGGGCAGCAGCAGUACGGGCCAUGCGGGCUCCGGGGCCUCCGGCAAUGUGGCCAUCCCCCAGCGCAUCCACCAGAUGGCCGCCAGCCACAUCAACAUCACCAACAACAUUCUCCGGAGCUACGAGCACUGGGACACAGCAGAAAAGUUGGCCACAGAGAGCCAAGAGUUCUUUCAGGAGCUGGACUCAAUGAUGGAACCAUUGAGCCAACACAGCAGCAUGAUAGAACUUGUACGCUACAUACGUCAAGGACUGCACUGGCUACGGAUAGAGGCCCACUUGUUAUAGUGCUGCGGGAACUGGAACUAAACUGUCUGCCUCUCUGUCUGUCUGUCUCACACCUCCAUCACUACCUCUACCAGCCAGCAACGCCCACCAUCCCCCAGUCUCCAGCCAUCUGAUAACACCCCAAUGGACCCCCACCACACUGCCAGCCAGCAAGCCCCGCUCCAUGUCACCUCUCUGAGGUCAGAGGUCAUCAUCUGCUCUACUACACAGUCUGUAUCUCUGCUCCCUCCGUACAAGGUUGACAUUUCCAAUGGAUGUGGGGGAAAAGUCCCACUAUCCAAGCCCCAAAGCGAAUGAGAGGGAAGUCCCACCAAAGACCUGUGGAGUGUCUCCAAAGCGUGCCACUAGAGGCGAAGGAUCUGUGCUGUUUUGGUGGUUUUCUGCCCGACAGAGCCCUUUGAUUUCCCUGUUGUUUGUUUUGAUCUGACCACCCCUGAGGGCCUCUUAGAACACUGGGAGCGUUGUUCAGUUCACAGCUCCAUUCCAACAGGAAUAUGGAUCAGGAAUUUAUAAGUGCUUUCAACUCUUCACAUGUUUAGUUUCUGUCGAUGCCUUGAUGAACUGACUGACAGAAGCCAGUUGAAUAAGUGUCUCUCUCUACUACUAUCUGACCGUUGAUUUAUGGUCCUCAAGACCUCCGUCUCAUGUCAGAUAAUACAUACAGCAACAGUUAGCCUACCCUUUAGUACCAUUGGAACAACAAAUCAUUCAAAAUGAUUCGAUUACUUGUUGCUUAUUGGAAAUGAACAAUGAAUAAUCAAAUUCAAUCUGCCACCACAAGCAAUUUCUCUGGUUUUGAGGGAUUUGCAUAAUAACAUUGUGUCUACUACAGCAGAUGAGGAUUGUGUCUUUCAGCCCCAGAGGUUGGUGGUGUCUUUGUGUUUGUUUGGUUAACUACAGUAAUAAGAGGCCGGAUUUAUUCCAAACCAGCACACAUUUUCCAUGGGUCUAAGGCAACGAAGGCAACGGGGAAGACAUGAAGUGUUACACCACCUGAGACUGUGUUCAAAGGUCUAAUGCAGCCAUUUUUAUCGCAAUAUCAAAUCAUUUCUAGAUAACAAUUAAGUACUUUACUGUUAUUGUUUUCAAUUAAAAUGGUCAAAAAUAAAUAAAAAUAGCUUCUUAGCAAAGACUAAUUUCUCAAGCAAAAAUUUAGCUAGGACUGUCUGGGAGGUCUGACUGGGAGGGGAAAACUGAAAAUUAGCUGUUAUUGGCAGAGAGGUUUGGAACUCUCUUUCUUAUUGGUCUAUUAACUAAUUUACCAUCUGGUGAUCUCCCCAUGGAAGGCCAAAACUCCAUCCCACCAAAACAGGCUAAAAGGGCAUUAUUAUAAUUUUUACAAUUUCAAAGUAUUUUUCCAACCUCAUAGUGUGGAAAUAUGUAUAAAACACCAGAAAAUCACAUUUUGACUGCACUGGGCCUUUAAAUAAAUAUGAAUCAUCCAUUCACUGUUACAACACCACCACAAACAGUAAACACCAGAAUGAGUCCAUUAGCACGUCAGAAGAUAUGUACGUACAUGAUCUUUUCACUGUCUACGAUGACUGCUGUAUAUCACAAUGUUUGUUCAGUUGUCCACAGAGAGGUGUAGACUGUUGAAGAACAAUCCAUAGUAACACUUCUUAUGUGUUCUGUGCAUAGUUGUACAUUUGAUUGUACGUAUAUUUAAACGUGGCUUGAUGGACAUACUGUAAGCCGUCUAUAUGAGAUGCAGGCAGUUUUCCUAAGGAGGAAAUAUGAUGGUUGUUUUGUUUUUGGUAUUUAUGUGGAUGUGAUGUGAGAGAAUGAACUGUAGGGAAGUGUGUGUUGCACUGUGCAGAGAUGAUUUUGGGGGAUGGAUUCUCUAUUGCUGGGUGUCCAUGCCUCUCUCUCUCACUCUCUCUCUCUCUCUCUCUCUCUCUCUCUAGCACAGUCCAUACAGUUUAUUGGAGUAGACCAUAUCUCUAUGGUUAAAUGUGUAUGAGAGACAAUGAGGAUGUGUGUGAAGUAUGAUUUUCACUAUGAUAAAACAAAGUGCCUCCGUAUCCAGUGGAAAUUAUUAAGAGUCUAUAUUUAAGAACAAGAAUGAAUCUAAAGAAUUUUUCCAUACCAUGUUGGUAUAUUAGAUUUUUUCAUAAAACCACAAUUUAUUCAUGUACUUUUUACUGGCAGUUAUGAUACCAGGUUUGGCUUUAAAAUUGCAAAUGUGUGACUUACAUGUAUCAAAUUUCUAACUCCGGUACUGUUUUGAGGAUAGUGAACGGGAUAUUCAGAAACGCUUAAACAUGAAAAUGCUUAACGUGACUUACUGUAAUUACCUAUAAUCAAUAGGUUAACACUCCAAGCCAUUUACAGCAAUAGCUGGAUGAUAGCACUAAUUGUGUUCAUUAUCUUGUUACUAAGAACUGAGAAAUGCUCUUAAAUCACAUUCAGUGUUUCUGACAUUUAGAAGUAAGAAUGGUGAUCCCUAUAAGAAGUUUGGAAUUUGUAUCUAUUGAUUUUAGGUCAUUAAGCCAAAUUAAGCGUUUUGGAAUUUCCUAAGAAAAGACUGAACAAAUUACAGACAAAACAAAACGUUAAACUGGAUUUAAAAAAAAUCACUUAAUGUUGAUCCAUUAACUGUCUUAUUUAGGGUUCAUGUCAUUCAGUGUUAUUUUAUGGAUCAGUGCAGUAGCCUACAUGGUAAUCGUAACCGUGCUCAGUCAAUUCCAAAUCUAUUUUAAAGAUGUAGGGUACCACACCAUGUGGUAAUAGCAAUAUUUACACCAGUCCUACUGUAACGAAAUGGAUAGAAAAAUCUGAAAGACAACCUAACAACUUAAUAACUUCUUUGUACUGUAUCUGAAGGUCAUUUUUCAUUUAGCCUUUUGUGACAACUUGUGAUCUCAUAACUAUCAGUCAGAGUUGAGGAAAAUGAAGUGUGUGCAUUAUUUUUUUAUGCAAAUGAUCACAUUUUCUCCUCCAGUCCAAAGUAGCCAACUGUCUUUGCUUUUAUGAGGAAAGCAGUUUGUACAUUUCCAGUGGUUUUUCCCAGCUGUUCCUGUUGGCACUAGAGACAGGCCAUUCUGUCAGGAAAAUCUGGGGCCCUUUGGCAGCUAGUCAACAGCACAAAGUAGCACUGGUAUCCUGUUCUCUCUCCCUCUCUCUCUCUCUCUCUCUCUCUCUCUCUCUCUCUCUCUCUCUCUCUCUCUCUCUCUAUCCCUCUCUUUCUCUCUCUCUCUCUCCCUUCUCCCCCUCUCUCCCUAAUCCAUCGUCUGAUAUAAACAACCAGCUCCAAACUAAGUCCCUGUCUGGCACUGACGAGGAGCAGCUAAUGUCUUCUAUUCAUUCCACAAUGAGGAAAGGCUGAAUUAAAUUGGCUUAUAUCCACCGGAGAGAACAUGAUCUGUUUUUGUUUCAAAUAUACGGUUUUAUGUCUAAAACAUGGAAAUUGUGAAAUGUUGAAUGAGGUGCCAUCUGGACUGGCAGUGUUACCAAGCCAAUGUAUGGUGUGACCUAGUCCUCAGCUUGGUAUAACCAGGUGGUGAUGAUGACAUAUCAGGAAGGAAUUACUCAUUAAAUGAGUCCCUAGUUGGCUUGAUAAUAUAUUGCUGCUACAAAUGUUGAUAUUUCAUAGAUAGAUUUUAUGAAUACAGGAAUUUUCAUUUUAAAAUGAAUACUUCUAGAGAAAUGUUAUUGAAAAUAGCCCACAAAUCUUUUAAGCAUUGCAGAGUAAACACAAAGAUGUAUCCUAGCUAUAGUAGAUGUAUUAUGGAGUUCUGCUCACCUUGCUGUGUUGUCAGUUCAAAGCCUGAACAGUAUUUGUCACUAUCAGGCACUACUUAAGAGCAGGAUCAAUAAGACUUACAGUGUUCAUGUUCAGAGGAUGUUUUCCUCCGUUCGCUUUAUUUAAUUCCAAUGCAGACAAAUCAAGCUCAUCUAAGGUAGAAACUAUGGUGAGGGGGGGUGUCGGCAAGGCAGACGUCAAAACCUACCAUUUAUGCUAUCAAACUCCUUAGCAAUUUACACCUAGAAGAAAUCUGACACUCUAUCAACACAAUAGUAUUGUGUUACAAAUUGUUGUAUAUUUAUCAUGUUCUUAUUAAUCAUAAUGUAUUAUUUUUGAAAAGCUGCUUUUUUUCUGGUGAGUGAGGACAAUACAAAGCCUAAUAGCGCGACUGAAGUCUGCCACUUUGGUCCGGUCAUCUCUUGUUCCAUUGUACCACUACAUCAGGAAAGAUGAUCUCCAAUAAACACUGUCCCAGCUGGAAGCAUUGCUCUGCAAAUGAAGCACUGCAAAUACCACUUAGUUAACACAAAGCACCACAACAUGUUGGUCAAUUAACAACUGUGUGACUCAAUGCUCAUUCAUAUUCAGUGGAUAUUGUGUCAUGUUUAAUAUGACUGAUACUGGGCGCUCAUGACACAUAAACAUAUCAAAUACCUAUCAACCGUUCAUCAUAAUCUACAUCAAUACGUCAUAGAUUGGACAUCUGAAAUGUUAUUCCCAUUAGCUGAAUCAUUUAGUAUCAUUUGUUUGUAAUCUAAACGGCUUGUGUCUGUGACCGCAGACCAUUGGCAGUCAUUUGGUGUCAUUAAGAGUAGCGCAGGUUGACCUUCGGGUCACCACAUGUUGUUGUAAUACAAAUUGAAGUCAACAGGUGGCAGCUUUCAUUCAACUAUAUGUUCAACCCUUCCUUCAGCUUGUUGGUGUCUUAAAGCAAUGUAGCAGACAUGUGUUAGGGGACAUGAAGAACAGUUAUCCAUAGAUCCUCUUGUUGUUUAUAUCUGUACAGAAUGACAAGGUGCUUUCUGGUUUAUGUCCUACGGUGUAAAGGAUUGGACCACAUGUACCAUACAAUAUAUAUUACUUCUGUUGACUGCCCACAGCUGACAAAAAUACAUUGGAAAUCCAUUGCCUUGACAUGAGUUUAUUGCAGACCUGUGACAUCUCACCACCCCUUAACCUUUGAUCUUUUGGGUAGUCUGUCCUGUGUGACCUUGGCGUUUCAGUCAUUCCAAUGUCACCUAGAGUGGCAUUUCUCUGUAUCAUCCACCACUUCCUUUUGUAAAAGAGAGACAAUGAGAUUAUAUAAACUAAUGUACAGCUUCAGUCAACAACAGUUGAAAAGGUUUGUUACAGAAAAAAGGCAUUUACUUAUCAUGGCUGUGCUUCCUACUUCAUGAAAUAGAUGAACUAUAAUUUACAGACAUUUAUUUACCAAAUGGGAUAAACAUUUGAAGGAAAAUCAUGUGCUUUUGAUACAAUUAUAUUUCUGAAAGUAUUAUUAAAAGUCUAACGUUAUUAUGUUGCAAUUGGCUAAAUUUAUUGUGAAAAGUAGAGCGAUUUCCCAAAGAUCAGAUCCCUGUGUUCAAGCCUAAGAGAUAAAAUUGCUCAAUAACUUUAACCAACAUUUUUUUCAGAUAUGGAACAAUUACUGUCAGUUCUGGCAACAUUUCAGUCAGAUCCAUUUUAACUGUGAAAUGCAGCAUUGCUACAUUAAUAUAAAUCUUACACAGUGUGACAAUAGAAAUUCAUUUGCAAAACAGUUAGCAAUGCUGAUAGCCAUACAUUAGCUUAAUGACAUACUGUUCCUCGAGGCUCAAACUUUAUAAAUGCUUAAACGCUACCUAUUCCCUAAAUGAUGUAGCCUAGGAUGUUGGUCAGAAGUCAGGGAAGAACAAGGUUACCAUUCCAAGUAAAUAGCCUUUUCUCUUGCUGACGUUUUGCCGAUAGUUUAAAGAUGGACAAUGUUGGAAACAGAAAAUGCAAAGUCAGAAGAUGUUUUAUUUCAGGCAUGCUGUAGUUUUUAGUUUGUUAAUUUUUGUACAGAGCAGGGUUACUGUUAUGCUAUGGAUUUAUGAACGUAUAGUUGUAUGGAUUCAUUAAAAAUGCGUUAUGUAUCAAAGAAACUUCCUGCCUGGUUACCUUUGUAUUUAACAUGUGUUGCACAAGUUCUGCCAUUUUGUAUUAUUAUUUCAGCCUAUUGUAUGGUUAUUUUAUAAUAAAAUUGUUAUAUGUAAUGAUCAAAAACUGAAAUGAUAGUUAUGUUGUUUUUAAAUGUUUAAUGUUUCUGUAAAAAAUGGAAUAAAAAUGGUAUGA